CGAUUAAAUAGCCCACGGGCUACAUAACCUUCAACUUUUUGAUCCUAGACCCUCAGCGAUGAGUUGACCAAGGAUCAUUCUCCACUACCCCCGCUUUGGAACCUUGGUUCCCUCUUGGUCUCAUUACUGGGAACUCGGGCAGCCAUUCUAUUAUUGUGCAGCGUGCUCUUGGUUGAAUACGCACACUUUUGUCGAAUGUGCCUGCGAUGAACGGUGCAGCAGCGCCCAACUACCGACAAAAGUCACCCUCACACCUCCAGAUUAAAUCAUCGGAGCCCAUGUCACAGCCAUCCCUGUGAUAAUGGUCGCAUCGCAUUCCGGGAAUGCUCGAAAACCAGCGAGGUCUUUUCCCCGGACUGUCCAUCCAACCCCUUCUUUUCCAGAGGUAUCGCUCGACUAUGACGAUGUUUCACCCAAAAAGAAUGCCUGGCAACGGCUCUUGGACAGUUUCAAGCGAAAUCCGCACGCGCAGGUUUCCAAGCUUGGGCAGAUAGACACGAAUGGAAAGCUGUUCGACCUCGAAGAGGCUGUCGCGAAUAUAGCUUUGUCUCCCCUGAAGAGGAAACUCAAGGGCCGGCACUUGCAGAUGAUUGCUAUUGGAGGUUCUGUAGGCACUGGACUUUUCGUAAGUUCUGGGAGGUCACUGGCUAUCGGUGGGCCUGCCUCUCUCGUCAUCGCGUUCAGUCUCGUCGGCAUCAUGGUCUACUCAACCAUCCACGCUCUAGGCGAAAUGGCCGUUUUGUUUCCCGUUGCUGGCUCGUUCUCUUCCUUCUCCACUCGUUUUUUAGAUCCCGCAUGGGGAUUCGCUAUGGGAUGGAACUAUGCCUUGCAGUGGCUGGUUGUUUUGCCUUUAGAGAUUGUCGCGGCCUCUUUGACGGUAUCAUACUGGCCAUCUCAUAUUUCCCCCGCCGCCUGGGUUGCCAUUUUUUACACUAUGGUCAUUACAAUCAACUUGUUUGGAGUCCAAGGCUAUGGUGAAGCGGAAUUCAUAUUUUCUAUAAUAAAAGUCGUUGCUAUCGUUGGAUUUAUUAUACUAGGAAUCGUCAUUAAUAUUGGUGGUGGUGACAAUGGGUCAUAUAUCGGAUUUCGAUACUGGCGGGACCCCGGGGCGUUUAAUCACGGAUUCAAAGGCCUCUGCAGUUGCUUCGUGAACGCAGCAUUUGCGUUUACCGGGACCGAGCUUGUUGGUCUAGCUGCCGCUGAAGCAUCCAACCCGGUCAAAGCGCUCCCAAGUGCAGUCAGACAGGUAUUUUGGAGAAUCACUUUAUUCUACAUCGUGGCGUUGAUAAUUGUUGGGCUUUUGGUCCCAUACACCGAAGCGCGUUUACUCAACCCCGUUUCGCAGGCGGAUACCAAAGCUUCACCAUUUGUGAUUGCCAUCAGGGAUGCAGGAAUUCAAGGAUUAGAUUCGGUGAUGAACGUGGUUAUCAUGCUUGCUGUCCUUUCGGUGGGGAACUCUGCGAUAUAUGGCUCCUCGCGGACUCUAGCAGCUUUGGCCGAACAGCAUCAAGCACCUCGCUUCCUCGCCUACAUCGACCGUAGAGGGCGCCCUCUAUUCGCGAUUAUUGUCGCAUCCGCGAUCGGUCUCCUCAGUUUCCUCGCUGCGUCCUCGAAGCAAGAAGAAGUAUUCAUCUGGAUGAUGGCUAUCUCAGGGUUAUCAUCCAUCCUCAACUGGGCUUCCAUUUGCCUUGCGCAUAUUCGAUUCCGACGCGGCUGGGCCUUGCAAGGUCACAGUCUUGACGAACUAGCUUUCACAUCCCAACCUGGGGUCGUCGGUUCCUGGAUCGGAUUUAUAUUCAACAUACUUGUGCUCAUGGGUCAGUUCUGGGUUGGGGUUGCACCUAUAAUUCAAGAAAUGGACGGAGACCCUACUGUGGCUGGUGUUAAGAAUUGGUUCUCCGUCUACCUUGCGGCUCCGAUCGUUAUCCUGUUCUACGUUCCGUAUAAAAUUCGGUUUAAAACAAAGAUCGUCCGCGCGAAGGACAUGGACCUCAAGACUGGUAGGCGGGAUCUACAUCUGGCGCACUUAAUUGCUGAGGAAAGGGCGGAGAGGGCGGAAUGGCCGCUGUGGAAGAAGGUGUAUCGAUUCUUCUGCUGAGUUGUGUAUACGGAGUACUGGACGACAUGGCGCCUGGAGCAGAAAUUCGUGAAGGCUUAGCAGGAAGCACUAUGUUUCCUUUUUUUGCUUUUUUCUUUUUCUUUUUUCCGGCGCAGACAAUAAUGAUAAUGAUGUAUCUAUGUAUAUACCCCUGGUGAUAUUGUUUGUCUGUUUAAAAGCAUCUCUCGUCCGUUGGCGUGGUCUCCCCCUCGUGGCAGGCGUGUGGAGGCGGAAAGCUGGUUGAUCCGGGCGGCGGCUGCGGCUGAAACCCAACCAACGGGCGGGUAGAUUAUUAU